AUGCCUUGCAGAAGUGAGACACACGAACAUCAUUGGCCUAAGGAAGGCACUCUUAUGAUCUGCAGAUGCGAGAUCUUCUGCGGCUUUUGUGAGGGAGAAGACGCUAAGCUUGUACACGCUCGUCCGUGGGACUUGCGCGAACAUGUUAGAGUUGUACAUGCUUGUGCCCAAUGCUUAUCAAUCAGAGUCAGCCCUCGUAUUGCACCCAAUGUGAGCGCCAAGUCCAAGAAGCGUAGUCAUGGAGAGGUCGAAAAGAGUGGCUCGAGUGAUGACGACGACAGUGAUGAAGAUAAGAACGAUAACGAAGACAACGACAACGACAAGGAAGAAGAUGAGAGCAAUGAAGAGGAGCUCAGUGCAAACUCUGAAGUCAUCGCCAGGUCACCAUCAGAUCCAUUCUUUGUCAAUGACACAGGAGAGACCAAGGCUGCAGCUACUCCUCUUCGUCUUCGUGCAGACAAACCUGCUGCCAAAGCCAAACAAGUCUCCCCGAGAGCUCAUGCAGCUUCCUUCAAACCCAUUGGAACCAAAUCAGGUCCACCAUCACCCAAGCGUGCCAAACAGGAAGCAGUCACUGCACGUCCACCUCAAGCCGCUACUAACCAGUUUCGUAUGCCUCCUCUCGCAAUCAAUCAACAUGUCAACAAACAGUACAUGCAUGGACACGCUAGAGUACCCGGCCCAAACUUCCAGGCACCCGGUGGUUAUCCGCAGCAGUACCCUACCAUCAUGCCGCCUGUACCCGGUGCUUUCGUGCCUCCGAUGAACGCACGACCUCUCAACAUCAAUGAUCAAGCUCAUGGCCAUGCUCAGCCACCUCCUGGUGUAACAGCAAACCCUCCUCACUUACCAGCUCGUCAUGUACCCGCCCAAUCAACCAUCAGAAACUUCUACCAAAUUCACCCCGGCGCCAUCGCCAACCCAGGAAACAAUCCCGAGCAACAGCGACUACGUCAAAUGACCGCCCACUGUCUCACCAACACCAACAUCACCGAGCAAAACCUGAUCCUUACAUACACGCAGGAAGCAGAGUAUGUUCGCCAGCUGUACACUAAUCGUCGUUUGACCAUGUUCAGAGAAGAGAUCAGACAGGGACAGCAGCAAGAUGCUAGGGUUCAGUUCGGACAGAUGUUACCGCACUUUCACGAGUGGGCUAGAAUGAUGGCUUCUGCUGGUCAGCAACCCGGUCCUCCUCCCGGUCAGCAGUCCGGGUCGCAGCAACAGCAGCAACCGGGCACCCAACCUGCUGGUGUACCUCAACAACAGCAGCAGCAACCAGGUCCUCAGGAGCCGGGUCAGGGUCAGCAGCCAGGAGCUCAGGGUGAUGGUCAGGAGCGCCAGUAA